CGGGUGCUGCGCCGGUGACGCUAAGCGACCCUUCACCGUCUCUCGGAUUCCCGUCCUCCACCGCGUACCACGCUAUGCCCCACCUGCGGCGCGCGCAGGCAGUGUCUCCCCUGCUUGCGUCGCGAUCCCAUUCCCAUUCCCAUUCCUAUGGCUAGCUACUACUAAUGCGCGCACGUCUUUUCGGGCGAGGCCAUUUCCAGCGCUGCGGAUCUGCAUAGCGUCACCAUGGAGCCGACCGUGCCGCCGCCGGUGGUGGUGGUCGCACCUUCCCCCAAGUCGCCGCCCAGGUACCCAGACCUCUGUGGCCGACGGAGGCUGCAGCUCCAACUCCAGAUCUUGAACCGCGAGAUCGGCUUUAUUGAGGAGGAAUUACAAUCUCUUGAAGGAAGUCAACCUGUGUCCAGAUGCUGCAAAGAGGUCAACGAGUUUGUAGGGACAAAACCUGAUCCCAUGGUGCCUAUAAAUACGAAGAUUCAAAGAUCUUGUUGCUUGUGGAGAUGGCUUGGGUCUAAAUUGUGCUUCGAUUUCUCAUGGAUUUGCUGCUUCAGUGGGUGUGCGCUUGGGCUGCAAAGACCAAGCUGCUCUUGUUCACAGAUUUGCACCUGUUGUCAAUGUGGAUGUCCAAUCUCUCAAUGUUGUCAUGAUAUGUCAUGCAGACGUUGCUGCAGUAGUUCAGGAGUUACUUGUAGCUGCAGCAAAGCAUGCGGUAGUUGUUCAAAGUCUAUCUGUAGUUGCAUUGGAGCAUGUUGUGUUUGCCUUAAAGUUCCUUGCAUUUGUGGCAUAAAAUGCAUCAGCUGCUCAAAAACUCCCUGCAGUUCCUGCAGCAAAUGCUCAAAAGUUCCUUGCAGUUCUGGUGAAACAUGCUGCAUUUGCUCAAAAGUUCCUAGCACCUGUCCAACAUGCUGCAGCUGCUCAAAAGAUCCUUGCACUUGCAAUGGAACUUGCUGCCUAAAAAAGCCUUGCAGUUGCAUCCCAACAUGCUGCAGUUGCCCAAAAACUCAGUGCGGUAGUUAUGGCACAUGCUGCAGCUGCUCAGAUGUGUGUUUCUUCAAAAGACGAUGUCAUUGUUUGAGUAGUUCCUGCUUGAGAACAUGUCGGCCAUCCUUCUCUUGUUCAUGCGGUGAUAAACCGUGUUGCUGUGACUGCAACACAUCAUGCUCAAAUUUGUGGCGUGCUCGAUCCUUCUGCUGUGAUUGUAAGCCAUCAUGUUCCAGUUCAUGCUGUGAUCAACAAUGUUGUGGCUGGAAACUUAGGGGUUGCCAAAAACCUUGUGGUUGCUCAUGGUGCAGUGGCUGGAUACCUUCAUGCUUCUUACCAUGCUGCUCUCGAAAAUGGUGCUGCUGUAGCUCUAGGCCUUCAUGCUCCAGUUCCUGCUGUUCCUUUCCCAAACUCUCCUGCCCAGAGUAUUCUUGUGGAUGUGUCUGGUCCUGCUCUAGGUGUACAGAUGCAUGUCAUUUACCAAAAUGUGCUAAGCCCUGCUGCGUCACUGGAUGUCUGUGUUAAGGUGAAGAACAUUAGUUUUCAGGAGUUAAAUUCGAAGAGAAAAUGGAGUUCGUGGUUGAUCCGGAUAGCAAACGAAGGCAACCGAUAUUGGCUAUGUGAAUCCACACAAUCGUGUGGC